CCGUGCGGACGUAGCGGCCUGCCGUCACGAUGUCCCCGGCCGUAAGCGUGCCCCGGCCCGGGAGCUGGUCCAGCCGCCCGCCCAGCGUGGGCAGCAGCCGCAGGUCCAGUCUGAGCGUGUCGGUGGCGCGGCUGAAGAGCGAGUUCCCGAUCCUCCUGCCCGGCUUCCCUCCGCAGUCUCCCGCCCGGGACUCCCUCACCCUGCCCGACGUGCCGGAGUGGGGGUUCUACCUGGGAGUGGACCAGUCUGUGAAGAAGUUGGACCCGAGACCGCCCGACCGGCCCAACAGGAUAGAAGUCAUGGUUUAUUGUGGAGAGGACGCCAUCGUCAGGACUUUUCCCGCCAAGAAAACUCUCAGGGACGUGUACAUCUGGGUCCGGUCCACCCUGACUCACGCCAAAAUCCCUCCCCGCCUGGUGCUGACCAGUGGUGGCGUCCAGUAUCCGGCUUCCGGUUCCGGGGCAGACACGAAGCUCGCCGACCUCCCUAACGUCUUCGAAAUCCAGGGCACAGUCCAGCCCCCCGCUGAGGAUGAAGACGACAAGCUGAAGGUGCGAGUGAAGGCCGGGAUGGACACGCUUGUGGGCAGAUUCGACCCUAAGGACGCUUUCAGGGCCUUGUACUCUUGGGUUCGCGCCACCCUGGCCUUCAAGAAGCGCCCCCGUGCGUUCGUGCUGAAAAGUAAAGGCGAGACGUAUGCCCUGACAGAAGAGAACGUGGAGAAAAUGAUGCAGGAAUUUCCGGACGAGUUCGAACUGGUGGAACUGAAGAACCAUGAGAUCCCCGAGGCGCGCCUGAAGCGGCGUGAGGCGGAGAGGGACGACCCCAGACUGCGCUACCCGGACCUGAAUGCACGGUCACCCGGUCCACCACCGCCGUCUAGGGACCGCUCCCCACACCCGGAGAACAGGACCCCGCUGAAGACGGGGCUGGACGUGGACUUGCGGAAGCGGCCCAAGACUCGGCGGAAGGAGAGGGACAAGGUGAAGGGAAACAAGGAGAAACACGGAAGAGAUGCAGGAGACUCGAGCACCGAAGAGGAUGACGAUGAUGGUGAUCAGAAUCACUUAAAGACAGAGUCGACAGGACCAGACGAGGAGUCGGACCAGUUCUCGUCCCGCGCGCCGCCUCCGCCUCGGCUCCUCAGUCGGGAGAAGGACGACAGGAAACGCGGCAACAAACGGCGGGAAAACACCGGGCCGGACUCACGCAAUAAAAGGGACGGGAAGAACAAGCAGCAGGACAGAAACAGACAUGGCAACGGCACUCCAGACUACCUCUUUUCGUGCGCCCUCUCUAAUCACCAUGUUUUCCAAUUGUUGCAGGACGUGGGUGAGCGUUUACGUGGCGGGAACUUUCUCCCGUCUAGCGGACUGCAGAUCACGAUCCCGAGUGUGCACGGCCUGGUCAGCAGGUUUGAGCUGCCCAUGGAUCUCAGGGAACUGGACACACUGACGCCCCGCCAGUAUCUGUCCAAGUACUGCAAACUCAACAAGACGCGUCAGCUGGUCUACAGGGACGUCUUCGACAAACAGGACUGGAGACACUCCGGAUCAUUAGCCUUCAAGGACGUGCAAAAGGCUGUGCAGGAGCUGUACGAGCGUGACUCGUCAUCAGCGCGUCUGACGUGGAUUAUGGAGCUGCUGGACCUGGACUCGGACAUGACCUUUGACCGGGAAGUGUUCUGUAUGAUCUGCGUGCUGUACGACCGGCGGCUCCUCCGGGAGCACACGGCGCGGCUGGAGGGAGUGGAGCGGACGGAGAGGGAGCGACUGGAGAACGCGGACUUCACGGCGCUGGACUGGAAACUGCACGAUAGGACAAUCUCCGGGCCUCUCAAGGCGUUACUACACGCCUUAUAGUAGAUCUUUGGGCCUCUCAAGGCGUUACGUACUACACGCCUUAUAGUAGAACUCCGGGCCUCUCAAGGCGUUACUACAUGCCUUAUAGUAGAUCUCCGGGCCUCUCAAGGCGUUACUACACGCCUUAUAGUAGAUCUCCGGGCCUCUCAAGGCGUUACUACAGACCUUAUAGUAGAUCUUCGGACCUCUCAAGGCGUUAUUACUACAUGCCUUAUAGUAGAUCUCCGGACCUCUCAAGGCGUUACUACACGCCUUAUAGUAGAUCUCCGGGCCUCUCAAGGCUACAGGCCUUAUAGUAGAUCUCCGGGCCUCUCAAGGCGUUACUACAGGCCUUAUAGUAGAUCUCCGGGCCUCUCAAGGCGUUACUACACGCCUUAUAGCAGAUCUUCGGGCCUCUCAAGGCAUUAAUACUACAUGCCUUAUAGUAGAUCUCCGGGCCUCUCAAGGCGUUACUACACGCCUUAUAGUAGAUCUUCGGGCCUCUCAAGGCGUUACUACAUUGCCUUAUAGUAGAUCUUCGGGCCUCUUAGAGCGU